AUGACUGCAGAUGUUGAAUAUGGUCCCGGAAUUGUGCAAAAAUUAACAGCCAAAUUUACUCAGCUAUCGCAAGAAGUCUCAUCGACGGCACGUUAUUCUCCGCAUACAACGAGAAAACGGUUUCCUUCAGUCGAUGAUAUAUUAUCGAAUAGUUCGCAUAAUCGUGCGUCAACAAAUUUGGUCACUCAUCGAUACAGCGGAGCUGUUGGCGGCGAUCUAUGGGCUGCACAGUCAACACUGCCUAAAAAGCAACAAGAUAAGGGGCAAAAUAUAUGUAGCGUUUCCAACAACUCGAAUUUGGAGCCGGAAAACUUGCACAUUUGGGCUGGCUUUUCGGGAGCGAUGAUAACUUCAGACGUAAGAGAUCAGAUGUUUCAGCGAAACCAAGCGGGGAUUCCAAUUACUGCUUUGAAAGAAAAAUUUGAACGCCCAAGCAGGGCAAAAGCAUUUGUUUCUGCCAAAAAUAAUGCUGGAGCUGUUGUCCGGCGACCUCCUAGGUCCCAUUCUGCAACACCACGUGGGUCGGUCAGUUUGACUAGGUCGUACGUUGAUGAAAAUGAGGAACCGGAAUUUAUAAAGAUUCAUCGAAGGUUGAAAGCUUCGGUUCGAGAGGGAUAUGAUCAGAAUUCAAACCAUUUGUUUACACGUCAUAUUACGGAUAUCAAAAAGCCUAUAAAUGUUGAUAAGCCUUUGGAUAUAACUUUGCCUAAGCUCAGCAGCACUGCUAGGUUGAUUCAGUAUUCUCCUACUGGACCGCUAGAAGCACAUCAAAAUUUUCCAAGUCCGGUAUCCAUAUUAGAUCUUGUUAGCCCUCCUGACCCUGAUUCAGCGCGAACCCAGCCACCUCAUCUUUUACAACCACAGGUUUCUAGAGGUGGAAAUAGUAAUGUACCAUCGGUUCCGCACUUUACCAGAACUCCUUCUGAAGUUUAUCCUACGCAGUUGACAAAACCUUCAAUUUCGAAUGAUGAUGGAAGCGGCAUAAAAGAGAUGCAUCAAUUAUUAUCGAAGUUUAGUAAUAUCCGUGAACAGAAAACUAUGGCUGAAAAUAAAGGUGAAUGCAUACCUGAGUUUGUUUUACCUUCGUCAGAAAAGCCGUUACCCAAGAUUACUCCAAAAUCAAAGGUGGAAACGGAGACAAAAGGGGGUUUCUUAAACAACUCCGUGACCAGAGACUCUGCCGAAAUGUUGCGCACUCGGAAGUCUUCGCUCGUUACUGUCCCUAAGCCUCGCGAUUUUUUGUCUUCAAACGUUCUACCACAAAAAGCACCAGAUACAAGCAGCAUUGUUACACAAACGAUGUCAUCGGAACUUUCAAAUGCUCUACCGUUCAGCAGUUCCACGUCGUCGAACAUAACCUCUACGAGACCAAGUGUUUUCACUGUAACUAUCGACGACAUGUCGCGUAGACCUUCUUAUUUGACUACAGAGUUUAAGGGUAUCGUAAUCUUUUGUUUAAGAUGA